AUGGAUAGGAGGGAGCUAUGUUCUACUGAGAGGGAUGGGGAGAGGAAGGGAGGAAGGGAGGGAGGGAGGGAGGGAGGGAGUGGGCAGAGGCGCUGUGGCCGGCUGCGUCGUGAGCAUGAAUCACCUCCAAGAACGUGCGUUCCCUCUAAUGCAGGCUGUAGUGAUUGAGCCAUCUUCCUCACUGACGAGGAAGGUCCGCCAGGCCUAUCUUAGCCACAGAUUCUGUGGGCCGUUUUCCCGGACACAGAUUAAGCCUAGACCUGGACUAAGAAGCAUGCUCACUUGCUAAGUGGAGAAUCCCAUUAAAAGUCCUUUUUAGUCCAAGACAAGGUUUAUAACCUGUGUCUGGGAUACUGGUCUAGUGUGUCCCAGUCCCAAUGAUAGCUCCCCACAAUAAUAGCCCACUUUCCUCAUCUCCUCUUCUCCUUGACUGCCAACUUGAAUAGAAUGAAUUUAAUGACGUGCGCCCAGACAGGUGUAAUAAAACUAUAAGGGACGAAUCCCUCAGCCUUUUGACCUGUUGGAGUGGCGCCCUGUGCCCUAGUAAGGCUACAUACUGUACGGUAGACCAGGAACAGAUGUGAGAGUGAGCAUUGGCUAGCCUUGGCUAGCGCCUGUAACUGUCCUCAUGCCCGAACCUGGAGCUGGGAGCCUCUCCAGGCCCAGACUCAUCAGCUGCGUCCCAAAUGGCACCAUAUUCCCUAUGAGCCCUGGUCAAAUGUAGUGCACUAUAAAGGGAAUAGGGUACCAUUUGGGAUGGUGCCAUCAUCAGCCUGUUUUUACUGCUGAGUGGGCGGCGUGGCAUUGGAAUAGAGCUUAGGCUCAUUAAUAGCCCAUGUGGAUUGUUCCAGGAAAGGGGUAAUAAGGGGCGUCUGUAACGUAAAUCCCGUACAUUUCCACCCCUGGGGCUCCAGUUUCCCAUUGGACCCGGGUCAAAGGUGAGAUCGGGCUUAAUUUAGCCCCCUCUCGUCAGUGCCCAUAAAGGAAGCUAUGGAAGCUGGCCAGCUCAAGGGGACGUAGACCUGUGACUAGAUGAUUAGCGAGGAUAGAAUUAAACUCUUACCUGCACCAUUUUGGUACUGCCCUUAAGAGUCUAAUAUAGGCUACGGAGGCCUAAAUCGAGCGAGGUAUGCUUGUCGACUAUGCAAAGUUGAUGGAGUUCGCUGCUCUCUCUUUUCUGAGGACACUCUGUGCCUUUCUGUCGGCAUGUGACAUGAUAUACAAUCCCCUCCCUCCCCCAUAUCACUGCAUUAUUGAUCAGUGCACCACCAUCUUCUACACACACACACACACACACACACUGAGCACACACACACACACACUGCGGGGGAUUUCUCAGUGUGCAGACGCCUCUUAAGUACCCUCGGCUGAAGUAGCUAUACCUAGCUUUAAUUGGCCCAUUGACUAUGAAUGGCAUUGCUCAAACACUGGGCCUCAUUACUGUAUUGUAACAACGACUGGGCUCUGGUCAAAAGGGCUCUGGUCAAAAGUAGUACACUAUAUAGGGAAUAGGGUGCCAUUUGGAUCGCAGACUGUCUUUGGAGUGAUGUGAUCCUUCAGUAUAGCUAGCUGGGUUUUUCCCCCAGUUGUCUGGGCUGCUGGAGUCGGUUGCUGUUGCUACUCUGUUUGGUUCGUUGCUAGGCCCCGAGCACUCUCGUCACAUCAGUAUCCUUUUUUCCGUUCGCCUUGCCCUGCCCUCCACUCCCCUCCCCUCCCUGGCCCACCAUUUGGACGGUGGAGGUAUGCGUUUGUCUGGCUAGCCUCAGCCAAGUCCCCUGGAUUGGCCCGAAGUCCGGCCAACUUGUGCACAAUCUGUCAAGGGGACUUCAAGCAACAACUGGGAUGCUAAUAUUUUCAAAUAUCCCCUGCAGUACAUUCCUCUGGGACUCCCCACUCUACUCUCCUCCCUCCCCUACACCAGGGGCUUAGCUUUCUGUUGGUGUGGAAAGCUUGGAUAUCUGUACUGGUGGGACUGGGUAUGUCGUCCCAAAUGACAUCCUAUUCCCUACAUAGUGCACUACUUUUGACCAGACACCUAUGGUGCCUGGUCAAAAGCAGUCCACUAUGUAGGGAAUAGGGUGUCAUUUGGGAUACAGCCUAGUAGGCGUGUUUGACAUGCCAGCUAGGCUGGGAAGAGGAGAAAUGUUGUCAACAUUAUCAUCCCAUAUACAGUGACACGUCAGAUGAAUGAUUAGUGAUACACAUUGCUAGCUUUGCUGUGAUGUGUAGAGACAGCAUAUUACUGUACUGCCAUUCCCACUGUACUGCCAUUCCCACUGUACUGCCAUUCCCACUGUACUGCCAUUCUUUGUUUUGCGGAUGCAAACAUGUUUUUAUAGUGCUGACUUCUGUUCCAGGUACAGAUCAUUCAUUAUUUGGGAUCAGCGACCAUAAAUACAUUGUGCCUCCUUAGUAGUUUCUUGUAAGUCGUGUGACUUUAGUUUCCAAAUAUAUCAACAUUAGUAUCUGCACUGAUUCAUGAACAGGAACUUGACAGAUGCAUGAUCUCUCAACCACAAGGAAAUAGGCGAAAUAUAGUGGCACGUCUUGCAGUAGAUAUCUACCAUGUUUUGAGUUGUACCCUGUUCACUGUUGACAUUUGAAGAUAUCUCAUUUGGAUUAUUUUAAAUAAAGGUGUUAUUUUAUAAAGGGGGAAAGAUUUAUCACAGAAAUGCUAGUAAUAAUAAUAAUAGUAUUUUGUGUCUAUUACAUACUUUAUAAAAAUAAAAAUGUCCCCCCCAAUUAAAUGCUUGUAUAUCUCUAAUUCUAGAUUGUAUUCUAAGGCAACAAAAAAUUCAUAAUUUUUUACAAAUACAGUAAAUUCCAAAUAAUUGAAAUAGCCCAAAGCUUCCACAUCAUGCAUACAAUAUUUUGCAAUACAUUUUACUUAAAGUUAAACUAUAACAAAGAGGAAGUGGUCAACCUUAUCACAUUCUUACACUUACAGUAGAUGUUAUCAGCCUUGUGAUGAAUGUGUUUGUCUCCUCCCCAACAGUUAUAUCCAACCCCAAGAACCCAAAGGACCCAGCAAAGUCCUUCAGCUUCGACCACUCCUACUGGUCCCACACUACGGUGAGAUUGCUUUCCUCUUGCUUUGGGGCUGCUUUUAUCCUAAAUGGCCUCCAAAAUGGCUGCCAAAUUGGCACAUUGCCUAAGCCAAACAGCAUACUGUUGAAUUGAAACAAACCAUAAACUGUACUGUAGUUCGACAUAAACAUGCGUUUAAGUUUGGUCCUGUGUAGCUCAGUUGGUAGAGCAUGGCACUUGCAACGCCAAGGGUUGUGGGUUCUAUUCCCGCUGGGGCAACCCAUAUGAAAAAAUGUAUGCAUGCAUGACUAUAAAUCCCUUUAGAGGAAAGUGUCUGCUAAAUGGCAUAUAUUAUGUUUCUCUUUCUCUCUUACAGCCAGAGGACCCCACCUUUGCCUCACAGAGCCUUGUGUACAAUGACCUUGGUAAGGAGAUGCUGCAGCAUGCCUUUGAUGGCUACAAUGUCUGCAUCUUUGCCUACGGCCAGACCGGAGCUGGCAAGUCCUACACCAUGAUGGGCAGGCAGGAGGAAGGACAGGAGGGAAUCAUUCCCCUGGUAUGCUCCUCUCACCUCAAAUAUCCAUCCUCCUUAGCUCACUUAAAUAACUGUGCAAAGUUCAAUAUUCCAAUAACAUUUUCACUUGAGCACAGUUGCCUCCAUGAUCACAGACUACCAUUGUGGGUGCCAUUAGAACAGAUUCAAGAAAUGUCUAAAACAAAUUAUAUUUAUUCUGUUACAUUUAGGUUCUUCAUCCUAGAUCAUUUCCUUAGUUAUGCUCAUAUCCUUAGUUAUACGAGUACGAGCAAGGCCCAAUAGUAUUGUCCCAUUUAUUUAAACCAUAUUUGGAAGUUUCAUGCUGACCGUUCACAUUGAUUGGAAUACCUGAGUAUUCAAUUCUUCCCAUCCCAAAGAGGUCAGAAGAGCUUUGGCUCACUAAUAAGCAAUCGUUUCGCUCAUUGGCAACAUCAUGUAUGCAUUCCAUCUUCUCUGCCGGCAACACGUACUGCAUUAAGACAUUUCUCCCCUGGCUUUGGCGUCUAACCGUCAAGUUAUUUGUGUUAUCUAUCGAUCUGCAUCUCCUCUCUCUUCCUCCUCUCUUUUGAAUGCUCCUAAAUGGCAAUAACGCAUUUCUUCCUCUGCCUCUAGCUCUGCGAAGAACUCUUUGAGAAAAUCAAUGACAACAACAAAGACGAGAUCUCGUUCUCAGUGGAGGUGAGUCCCAGACAGCUUUAGGGGCUUAUCCCAACCCCCCCUCUCUCUCCCUCUGACCCUUACCUCAGCCCCUCCUCACUCCUCUUUCUGAUGUAGGCCUACCCUCCCAAAUUGUAGCCCUGCACUGACUCCACUCUACGAUAGUAUGAGCUCUACCUUGUUCUCACAUCCACAGCAAACUCAAAGUAUUGGAGUUUCCCUAGCAAUGCUCUACUAGCAGCACAUAUUAGCUCAAUCUUCCGUGUACUCAACGCUUAAGCAAAUUCAAGUCUCUGAAAUGGAACACCAAGUGAUCCAUAUUGAGCAUAUACUGUGACUUCUGCAUUACAAAAAGUAGCAUUCCAACACUAUAAAUGGCAUUACUCCUGAUUGGAAAAACCUCUUCUUGACUGUCAUGUUGCUGUAGGGUAAAGUUGCCCCAAGAUGCUGAUAUGGAGUGAGUUUAGCAUUAGGAUUGGGGGAGGGGGAGUUGAUCCCGGAUCUGUACGUAGUGGAAACUUCACCCCGUAGCGUUACUGUAUGUUUCUGAUAUCAAGGCUUCACUAUAGCGUUAGGCGGCCAUGGCCCAUAGAUGCUCAUACUGUAAUGGCCCAUAGAUGCUCAUACUGUAAUGCAAUCACUUCUAGGUCAGCUACAUGGAGAUCUACUGCGAGCGGGUGCGGGACUUGCUCAACCCGAAGAACAAAGGGAACCUGCGUGUGCGAGAGCACCCCCUGCUGGGGCCCUACGUGGAGGACUUGUCUAAGCUGGCCGUUACCUCCUAUAAUGACAUCAACGACCUCAUGGACGCCGGCAACAAGGCCAGGUCAGCGUCAGGACGAGACCUACCCGGGGGCUUUGUCCCAAAUCGCACCCUAUUUCCUAUAUAGUGCACUACUUUUGACCAGAGCCCUUGGCACCCUAUUCCCAAAAUAGUGUUCUACAUUUGACCAGAGCCCUAUUGGCCCUGGUCAAAAGUAGUCCCUAAAUAGGGAAUAGUGUGUCAUUUGUGAUGCACAGAGGCGUGCGUGGGGAGGGAGGUGGUUGGACAUAAAUGAUAUGAUAAUCUGUGUGCAUUUAAGAAUCAAAUAAGAAACAGUUCUUAAAAAUGGUUUUGCUUGAAAAGUCAGGCUUUUCAGUGUGUUGCUGAACCUGAUUUGGUCCUGUUUUAGCCUGGUAUAGUAGAGUAGUAGUUUCAUGGUUGAUUGUUUUGUUAAGCAGUAGCUUGUCACUGUAGUCUCAAGCGUGAUCUCCUGUGGUGUGAUGAGUGAGUGAGUAGUGAGUAGUGAGUGAGUGAGUGAUUGAGUGGUUGAUGUGAGUGAGUUGAUGAAGCAGUGAGUGAGUGGAACCUGCCUCGUUGCUGCGCGCAUACCUCAUCAGACAAAAAACAUGGCCUAUAUCUAUAUCUACCCAUUUAUUACUUUUUAGAUGCAGUAGAUGUUCGCACUUUCCUUUGUGAUUGAACUAAGGCAGAGAGUGAGAGAUGAGAGAGUGAGUGAGCGAGAGUGAGUGAGUGUAGAACGCCUGCCUCUCGUUGCUGCGCCAAUACCUCAAUACAGACAAUCCUCUCUCUCUGCAAUCCUCCCCUCUCUCUCAACAUGCCUCUCUCUCUCAAUCUUAUAUCUCAUUAAACUCAUUUCAAUUACUUUUCCCUGCUAUUUUUCGUUCCUACUCAAUACGAUGGUUUCGCAUCUUUCCAUUUGGUGUGAUUGAACUAAUGUGUCAACUCUGUUACAGGACGGUGGCUGCCACCAACAUGAACGAGACCAGCAGCAGGUCCCACGCUGUCUUCACCAUCGUCUUCACACAGAGGAAGUACGACAGUGAGACAGACCUCUCCACAGAAAAGGUGAGAGGAAUGGGAUCCCAGACUGCCAUUUCCCAGUGUCUAUUCAAGCCCCCUCUUACAAAUAUUGAAGAUUGUUGAUCUGUUAAUUGAUUAAUUAGGAGGGGCUGACCAGGAGGAGCACUUUUGUAAAUAUUUAUUUUACCAACUAACAGCACAUCAAAGAGCUCCUUGAUAUAUUUUUAUUGUGCGUGCUACUACAUCUAGAUAAAGUGCCUUCUGCUUAUUUUGAUCUCAAUGCUUUUGAGUUAUGCCUAAUAUUCUCAACUAGUGCUUUGAGUUAAGCUUACUGUUCUCAACUCAAUGCUUUGUGUUAGGCCUAUGCUUGUCAACUCAAUGCUUUGUGUUAGGCCUAUGCUUGUCAACUCAAUGCUUUGUGUUAGGCUAUUGCUCAACCCAAUGCUUUGUGUUAGGCCUAUGGUUGUCAACUCAAUGCUUUGUGUUAGGCCUAUGCUUGUCAACUCAAUGCUUUGUGUUAGGCCUAUGGUUGUCAACUCAAUGCUUUGUGUUAGGCCUAUGCUUGUCAACUCAAUGCUUUGUGUUAGGCCUAUGCUUGUCAACUCAAUGCUUUGUGUUAGGCCUAUGGUUGUCAACUCAAUGCUUUGUGUUAGGCCUAUGCUUGUCAACUCAAUGCUUUGUGUUAGGCCUAUGGUUGUCAACUCAAUGCUUUGUGUUAGGCCUAUGCUUGUCAACUCAAUGCUUUGUGUUAGGCCUAUGCUUGUCAACUCAAUGCUUUGUGUUAGGCCUAUGCUUGUCAACUCAAUGCUUUGUGUUAGGCCUAUGGUUGUCAACCCAAUGCUUUGUGUUAGGCCUAUGCUUGUCAACUCAAUGCUUUGUGUUAGGCCUAUGCUUGUCAACUCAAUGCUUUGAGUUAAACCUACUAUUCUCAACUCAAUGCUCAAUUUGAUCUCCACACAUUUUCUAUGAUUGUGAUGGAGAUACAAAGGAGCCACUGUCAGUAUACACACAAUGACUAUUGUAAUGAGAUACUAUCAGAUUUCUGUGUAGAAGUCACUCUUCAGUUGACUUGACAAAAGUAUACGUUUAGGUAUUAAUUGGUUUAGAAUUGCUAAUGUUGUUUUGGUUAUUAAUAUUGUAUUACAUUGUAUGCAUUUUAUUGUAUCUAGUUAUGAACUAGUUGUAUUGUGUGAACUAUUUAGCUAUAACUGCAAAUUUCAUGAUUAGGAUAUUACUUUUCAUACUGUUAAUUUUGAAUGUAAUUAAAGAAAAUAAUCAUGUGAAGCAAUGGAUAUAUUGUUUCUGAUGGUGUGUGUGUGUGUUAGUCCUAAACUGAUUGUUCCCAUCUAACCCGCCCCAGGUCAGCAAAAUCAGUCUGGUGGACUUGGCAGGAAGUGAGCGAGCUGACUCUACUGGAUCCAAAGGCACCAGGCUAAAGGUAGGACCCUUGUGGCUCAGUUGGUAGAGAAUGGCGCUUGCAACGUCAGGAAUGCAAAUUCGAUCCCCGCUAGGGCCACCGAUAUGAAAAAUGAAUGCAUGCAUGACUCUAAGUCGCGUUGGAUAAAAGCAUCUGCUAAAUGGCUAUUAUUAUUAUUAUUAUUAUUAUUAUUAGGGAUGUAGGCCACUCUUCAGCAACAUACCACAAAUAUACCGCAAGUGGCUAUGGAUUUAUUUAAGGGUCUAAUAAAUUGAUAUUUGCUAUGUGGCUUGUGUUUAUUAGGAGGGAGCCAACAUCAACAAAUCUCUGACCACAUUAGGGAAGGUCAUCUCUGCCCUGGCUGAGGUGGUGAGUACUGUUUGUCUGUCUCUAUCUCUCUCUCUCUCCCCCUCCCUCUCUCUGCCACUGUCGUCCACAUGAGGAAGGCAUGUUGUAACUUGGUCUGCUCUUCUGUUCUUUCCCUCUUCCCCUGGUGUUACUUGCAUACCCAGGAUUACACUACCAGCAAGGUAAACCCUUUGUGUGUUCAGUCAUUUCUAACCACUGAUCCCUCCAAAAAGAGACGGGUUCUGCCAAUAUUUUGUCUCAGUGCUAAAGUGUCAUUUUGUCAUCCGACCAUUUUUCUCCACUGACUCAUCACCUUUAUUUUAUCUGCAAUGGACCCGGACUAUCUGCAUGGACCCUUUCUUGCACUGACUCUAUGCACACUCACAAGACUAUAUAUACACACUGACACUCUCACACAAAACCCACACACUUUCACAGACACACAGACACACAGACACACAGACACACGCCACACACAUAUACACACACACAUACUUUUACACAUCAUAUGCUGCUGCUACUCUGUUCUUUAUUUUACUCUUAUUAUACACUGUGUGUACGAAUUAUUAGCAACAGAACAGCUUCAAUUCAUCGGGGCAUGGAUUAUACAAGCGGCCGAAAGCGUUCCACAGGGUUGCUGGCCCAUGUUGACUCCAAUGCUUCCGACAGCUGUGUCAAGUUGAAUGGAUGUCCUUUGGGUGGUGGACCAUUCUUGAUUCACACGGGAAACUGUUAAGCGUGAAAAACCCAGCAGCGUUGCAGUUCUUCACACAAACCGGUGCGCCUGGCACUUACUACCAUACUCCGUUCAAAGGCACCUAAAUCUUUUGUCUUACCCAUUCACCCUCUGAAUGGCACACAUACACAAUCCAUGUCUCAAUAGUCUCUAGGCUUAAAAAUCCUUCUUUAACCUGUCUCCUCCCUUUCAUCUACACUGAUUUUGAAGUGGAUUUAACAAGUGACAUCAAUAAGGGAUCAUGGCUUUCAUGGAUUCACCUGGUCAGUCUAUGUCAUGGAAAGAGCAGGUGUUCUUAAUGUUUUGUACACUUAGUGUAUAUCCUGAUGCCUAGUCACUUUACCCUGCCUUCAUGUACAAUGCUACCUCGUACCCCUGCACAGUGGUCUGGUAUUCCCUGUAUAUAACUCCAUUCUUGUGUAUUUUAUUCCUUGUGUUACUAUUAUUUUUUAACUCUACAUCGUUGGGAAGGGCUCGUAAGUAAGCAUUUAACGCUAAAGUCUACACCCAUUGUAUUCGGCGCAUAUGACAAAUACAAUUUGAUUUGAUUUUACUUUUUGGAGGAACCGACAAUCUUUGCACUGUAACAAAAUCUUCAGAAAUCAGGCCUAUAUUCGUUCUUUAUCACCUCUACAGCACUUAGUGUGAAGAUGCUGCCAUUUUACAGUAGACUCUCCCUUCAGCCUCUCCUCCCAUCACUCUUUCCAUCUUACAUUGGGAAACUAACAUCCAUCCAUCCAUUUCUGUUUGUUCACCACCAUCUAACAUUGGUUUUGUUUGACACAGAGCAAGAAGAAGAAGAAGACUGACUUCAUCCCGUACAGAGACUCGGUUCUGACAUGGCUGCUUAGGGAGAACCUAGGUAAGAAUAUAAUAAAUCAUGCCAACUAUGUAACUGCACUGUAUGAGAAAUACAUUCAGAAUCUGGUGACCGUAAUGUAUUUAAACCAUUAAGCGAAUGGCAUAUGCCCGUCAGUCAAGAUGAAAACCUGUGUAUACUGUAACAUGAGGAGCACAUUUCCAAUGUAUCAGCUCAGUCCAAGUGAAAACUGCAUAGCAAUGAGUAUCCAUACAAUAACACUGUAGAGUCAAGCUAUCCCAAAACAGAUUCAAGCUUUUUUGAUGCAGUCACGGGAAUGACCUUGUCUGCACAUUUAUCAUGUAAAUGACUUUGUACGUGAUUUGUGACAAGGGAAUUAAUUUGUUCCAAUCUUUUUCUCUCUUUUUCUCUCACUCACUCAGGUGGAAACUCCAGAACAGCCAUGGUAGCUGCCCUCAGUCCUGCAGACAUCAACUAUGAUGAAACCCUCAGCACACUUCGGUAGGGCUCACCUCUUUGAAAUAACACAAAAUGCAAUAUUACAAAAUGCAAUAUUACUGUAAAAUGUUUAGUUCAUAUUUAGCGAAUUUAUGGUAUGUUUCAUUGUGUUACUGUACUGCUUUGUUAGUAGUUCUUAAUCAUUGUCUUGUGUCAAAUUUUUCUGAAGACAAUGAGCGUAUUUGAGUUGAAUUUAUCUGUAAUGCAUUGUGGGUAAAUUGUGACUAACUGACUGAUCUACAUAAUAAUUAGUAGUUAUUUAUGAUGCAAGUGAUUUGUAGGUCAGUCAGUUGCCUAAAAUAUCAGCUGCAAUGACGAACAAGCCCAAUGCUACGUCAAUAGGAUUUGUAGUAAACAUGUUUUGCUCACUUCCUUUGCUAGCUAUGCUGACCGGGCCAAGCAGAUCAAGUGCAAUGCCGUCAUCAACGAGGACCCCAACAACAAGCUUGUGCGCGAGCUGAAAGACGAGGUGACACGGCUGAAGGACCUGCUCCGCGCCCAGGGCCUGGGAGACAUCCUGGACAGUGAGUGUGCCACAUCACAGCGCCACCUUCAGUCACGAAGUCUACAUUUCAGACCAACAUUUCAGGCUAUUUAGGUUGCGUCCCAAUAAUCUCUCUUUUCUCCCGAAGUAUGCACUUGUUCACUUCCCUUCAUGGAUUUGAAAGGAAAUGACUAUAUAUAUGGGAAGUCUUUCUAAACCAGUCCAAUGCUUUAAAAUGUGUGGGGAGUAGUGAACGAAUACACACUUCAGAAGGAAGGAGAGACUAAUGGGACGUAGCCUUGUUCUUAGUGGUCCAACACAAGCUGGCAACAUCCCCUCUCUCUCUUCACUCUGAUCUCCUUUCUCUAAUUCAUCAUCUAUGUAUCCGUUGUGUUACCCGUACUACUGCCUGUUCUCUACAUGCCAAACUAGAUGUAGCAUGAUAUUGAAAUCAUAUCUGUUGUGUCAUUGUUUUAUCUCUAAUAUGACAAGGCAUGAUUAUUGUUUUUGCUAAAAUAACCACACAAUAUGUUAGAUAUUUAUUUCUUGAAGUUAAGAUAUUCAUGAACACAUUUUAUUGAUACAUGCUAAAUCCCCAAAACAUGCAUCAUAGAUGGUAGUUUAUGGCAAUGGUUUAUGUUCAUAUUACAUUAGCUACACAUACAUAGAUAGAUGGUGGUUAUUAGAUUAAUUAGAGACAUAACACGUAAUCUCAUUAAUUAAUGUGUGACGUAAUGAAUAAUCCACCAUUUAGUGUUUACUGCAUGUUCAAUGGCAUGUCAUCUCAUCCUCAUCAAGCUGUCCCAUUUCCUUCUGACCAGUCAGAAAUGUCUGUAACCUUUGCCUCCCAGUCAAUUUAAUCUACUAGUCUCACCUCUGACCCUUAUCUUCUUCCUGCUUCCCCUCAGUUGAGCCUAUGGGGGAUGAUUGCCCUGGAAGUGGAAGCAAAUGUGUGUAUAUUUGUGGUGGGGUUCACUCUCGACCUCACUCGCUCUCGCCCCUUUUACUACUGAUAGCUAACCAUUGCUGUUGCACCCACCCUUUUCCUGAAAAUAACCCUCCUGGUUUUGCAUGUAAAUGCAAAAGAUGCUAAGCCUAAAUGUACGGAUUCUCAGACGUGCAAGGGUUUCAUGCUAUUCGGGAAGGGUUAGAAUGCCACUAGGUUAGCAUGCUUUUGUGCUUGCAAUUUCUUUUGAAUGAUGGAGGUGAGGCAGAAUUAUUAAAUCCAAAUACACACGAAAGUAUGUGGACACCCCUUCAAGUUAUUCCAAAAUUGUAGCCUACAUGUUUUAUGUAAUCCGGAGGUACACUACAUGGACAACAGUAUGUGGACACCACUUCAAAUGAGUGGAUUCAGCUAUUUCAGCCACACCCGUUGCUGACAGGUGUAUAAUAUCGAGCACACCGCCAUGCAAUCUCCAUAGACAAACAUUGGCAGUCGAAUGGCCCGUACUGAAGAGCUCAGUGACUUUCAACAUGGCACCGUCAUAGGAUGCCACCUUUCCAACAAGUCAGUUCGUCAAAUUUCUGCCCUGUUAGAGCUGCCCCGGUCAACUGUAAGUGCUGUUAUGGAAAGGUCUAGGAGCAACAACGGCUCAGCUGCAAAGUGGUAGGCCACACAAGCUCACAGAACUGCCUCUGGAAGCAACGUCAGCACAAUAACUGUUUGUCGGGCGCUUCAUGAAAUGGGUUUCCAUGGCCGAGCAGCUGCACAGAAGCCUAAGAUCACCAUGCGCAAUGCCAAGUGUCGACUGGAGUGGUGUAAAGCUCGCCGCCAUUGGACUCUGGCGCAGUGGAAACGCGUUCUCUGGAGUGAUGAAUCACGCUUCACCAUCUGGCAGUCCGACGGACAAAUCUGGGUUUGGUGGAUGCCAGGAGAACGCUACCCUGCUCCAAUGCAUAGUGCCAACUGUAAAGUUUGGUGGUGGAGGAAUAAUGGUCUGGGGCUGUUUUUCAUGGUUCUGGCUAGGCCCCUUAGUUCCAGUGAAGGGAAAUCAUAAUGCUACAGCAUACAAUGACAUUCUAGACAAUUCUGUGCUUCCAACUUUGUGGCAACAGUUUGGGGAAGGCCCUUUCCUGUUUCAGCAUGACAAUGCCACCAUGCACAGAGGUCCAUACAGAAAUGGUUUGUCGAGAUCGGUGUGGAAGAACUUGACUGGCCUGCACAGAGCCCUGACCUCAACCCCCAUCAAACACCUUUGGGUUGAAUUGGAACCAGUGGAGGCUGCUGAGGGGAGGACGGCUCAUAAUAAUGGCUGGAAUGGAGUCAAUGGAAUGGUAUCGAACACAUGGAAACCACGUCUUUGAUGUGUUUGAUACCAUUCCAUUGAUCAUUCCAGCCGUUAUUAUGAGCCGUCCUCCCUUCAGUAGCCUCCACUGAUUGGAACACCGACUGCUAGCCAGGCCUAAUCGCCCAACAUCAGUGCCCGACCUCACUAGUGCUUGUGGCUGAAUGGAAGCAAGUCCCCGCAAGCAAUGUUCCAACAUCUAGUGGAAAGCCUUCCCAGAAGAGUGGAGGCUGUUGUAGCAGCAUAGGGAGGACCAACUCCAUAUUAAUGGCCAUGAUUUUGCAUGUGUCCACAUACUUUUGGUCAUGUGGUGUAUAUCCCAACAAAGGCACUAGACAAUAUCGUUGACGCUUUAACUUCUAAUGCCAUCUUAUAAUAACUUGUCUUUCCCCCCCACCCACAUCAUUACUUACCUUACCCUUUGGGUCCUUAACCCAUCUUUGAAAACCUCUUUUUUUUUUUCUUGCCGAUGAAGCUUGUGUUGUUUUACUAAUUAUCCAUUGCAGGUGACAAUGUUCAAGACAUUAGAAUACUACUAAGUUCUCAAAUUGAAGCUUUGAGCUACAGGAGGAAAGGUGCAUGCUCUCUCAUUUCUAUGUAGCCGAUUUAGAUAUGUGUUAUCUAGAUGUUUGCUGUGUUUCGACAGAAUUCAGUCCUCUUGUAGCUAGCAUAUGCUUUCUUUUAGCUGUAUUCCCCAAACUCCCUACCCUUUCCCCCUCUUCCCUGUCCUUUGGCUGCUCCACAUUGCCAUCAUACGCUCCGGUAAAAAAUAUUAAAUGUAUGUGCUCCAGAUUAUCUGUAUUAUAUGACAUUGUAAAAAUUGGCUGCAUGGGAGGAUAAGGAAAUAGAAGGUUAUCCUCUGCUGCUCAGUGGCCAUUUUUACCAAAUUCCAUUUUUAGUCAAUAUGUGGAGAUUUCAGUCUGUCUUCCUGUGAGGUUUAGAGGGCAGUCAUCUGAAACGCCCUUGAGGCCAUUUUGUAGAGAAGGGCUGGUUGACAUUUAGACAGGCGGCUCAGUCAGUGUGUGCGGGUGGGUUUUCACUUGUUCUUGUGUGGUGGGGUAAGUUGAAGAGACUCUCACUGCACUGCAGUCUGAACUUUGGCAGCGUGUCUCCAUCUAUAUCACUUCCACACCGUCACCCCCCCACCCCCCCCCCCCCUUCCUCCUCCUCCUCCUCCCUGGCCCUCUGGCUGCCUAUAACCCCCCCCUCCUCCAGUUGGUACAUGUUAGCAGUUUUCACACCAGUAUAUAUUUUGGAAUUUAAGAAAAAAAGGUUCUGUUUAGGUGCAAUACAUUACCAUUACGACAUAAUAUAGUUUCUUGUCUUUUUUUGUUACAUUUUUAUUAAUUUUUUUAUUUAGCAGACGCUCUUAUCCAGAGCGACUUACAGUUAGUGAGUGCAUACAUUUUUCAUACUGGCCCCCCGUGGGAAUUGAACCCACAUCCCUCGCGUUGCAAGCGCUCUACCAACUGGGCUACAGGAGGGCCACUGAUCUGUCACUGAUUGAAGUUAGUAGGUGCAUUUGAAAAGCGUAUUGCCAGUUCAAGUUCAAUUCCCAAUUGUAAUGAUAGAUGGAGGGAUCUGUUCAUUGGCCACAAUAAUGUGUGUCCUUUAAGAUUUAUAAAUCCUGCAAAUUCUCAGACAAAAAUGUCAAGCAAAAUAAAUAAAAAUGGUGGCCAUCAAACAUAGUGAACAAUUCGAUUUAGUCAUUUUGCGAGACGUUGAAUGGAAUGGUUUACCAAUUUCAACAUAUACAUCGAUUGACAAAACAACGUCCUUUAACCUUUUUAACCACCUGGGGAGAAAACUGCUGCUCUGUGUAACUGACCAUUGUGCUGGUUGUCUGUCUUCAUCCUUUGACGUGCAAUGUGUGUCUUACACUGGUCUUUCCUCCUCUUUGUCCUUCUCUCCCUCUCUCCCUCUUCCCCAUAUUCUCCUUUUUCUGUCAUUUUGUGACCCUCCUCCCUUUCCUGGGACCCUGCCCCUCUCUCCUCUUGUUGACUCAGACCUGAAAGACAUACACAACAAUAAGCAUAGAUACUUGCUAGCCUCAGAGAACCAACGCCCUGGCCAUUUCUCCACAGCCCCUAUUGGCUCCCUGACAGCCUCGCCGUCCUCUGGCUCGCUCUGCAGCCUAGUUGGCCCGCAGUCGGUCACCAGUAUCCAGGAGCGCAUCAUGUCCACCCCGGGAGGGGAAGAGGCCAUCGAGAGACUCAAGGUACAGUAUACCUCCCUACCCCAGCACUAGCUACACUGAACAAAAAUAUAAACGCAACAUGCAACAAUUUCAAAGAUUUUACUGAGUUACAGUUCAUGUAAGGAAAUCAGUCAAUUUAAAUAAAUAAAUUAGGCCUAAUCUAUGGAUUUCACAUGACUGGGAAUACAAAUAUGCAUCUGUUGGUCACAGAUACCUAAAAAUAAGAAAAGGUAGGGGCGUGGAACAGAAAACCAGUCAGUAUCUGGUGUGACCACUAUUUGCCAGGCUGUUGAUUGUGGCCUGUGGCAUGUUGUCCCACCUCUUCAAUGGCUGUGGUUGUGAGGCCGGUUGGAUGUACUGCCAAUUCUCUAAAACGAUGUUGGAGGCGGCUUAUGUUAGAGAAAUGAACAUUCAAUUCUCUGGCAACAGCUCUGGUGGACAUUCCUGCAGUCAGCAUGCCAAUUGUAUGCUCCCUCAAAACUUGAGACAUCUGUGUGACAAAACUCACAUUUUAGUGGCAUUUUGUUGUCCUCAGCACAAGGUCCACCUGUGUAAUGAUCAUGCUGUUUAAAUCAGCUUCUUGAUAUGCCACGCCUGUCAAGUGGAUGGAUUAUCUUGUCAAAUGAGAAAUGCUCACUAACAGGGAUGUAAACAAAUUUGUGCACAAAAUUUGAGAGAAAUAAGCUUUUUUGUGCGUAUGGAAAAUUUCUGGGAUCUUUGUCAGCUCAUGAAACAUGGGACCAACACUUUACAUGUUGCGUUUUAAAUUUUUGUUCAGUGUAGUUUUUAAAGUCAAAAAGACAACUUUUUACGUUAAAUUCCAUAAUUAAACAUCAUUGAAAUGGAUGAGACCCCUAAACUAUGUAAGGACAUAAACAGUGGAACAAAACCAAUAUAGUCCCUAUCUUUUCCUGAAUUUUAAGUGAAAAGAUAGAAAGUCGAGAAUUCACCCCAUGCUCUUAGUCUGUUUUCUGAAAUGGAAGCCCUCUGAAGAUUUAAGAAACAUGCAUGGAUAAAAAAAUGGAGGGAUAGAACAUUAUAGUGUGAAAACUCAUCUUGGAAAAGUGCAGCAAUUUUGUUAAACAACAAAUGGAUCUCAGUCCAUUUGAUGUCAAGGCCCUUUUGUGAAAGCUGCCCUCUUACUAAUAUCUUCCUCUCACGCUAUCAGUCUUCAGCUGUUCUUUUAUAUCUGUCCCUUGGCUUUCCCUCUCUCACCCUCGUUAGCUGCUGAUGAGGGAGCACAUAGGAUGGCAACAUGCAGCCAUUACGAGCUGCAGUUUCCAUGGCUACCGUGGUGCCAGUCUGUCAUCCAAUGACGUCGGGCGCCGACGCAGAUGGGGAGGAAAUGGGACCAAAAUAGAUCUAGUCUUGGUGGCCAAUAAGCGUAAAAAGCGUCAGAAAAUAUCCUGAAAGCACACUGCGUGCUCACAUGAAAUAAAUUGGUCAUCAGGAUCCUAUCUAUCUGCUCCUAGUCUGACAUUCAACUGAUAAUAGUACUUAGUGUUGCCGUGUGUCUUUGGGAGAUUCAUCUAUCAUAAGCAUUGUGUAACUGAAUAUAUUUAGCUGAUUUCAUGUGCCUCCCUCAAACAAAACACUUUGUAAAAGAUGCACAUAAUCUGCUGAAUCUCCGUAGGCUGUAUAUGCGUCCCAAAUGACACCCUAUUCCUUUUAGUGAACUACCUUUGAUCAGAGCCCUCUGGGCCCUGGUCAAAACUAGUGCACUCUUAGGGAAUAGGGUGCCAUUUGGGAUGCAGCCAUGGACUUUUUAAUUUGAACCAGGGGACAGUUUCUGUCCAGAACAACAGAUGGUAGGGGUGUUUACCCUUUACAAAGGAUGGAGUUGAAUUUAUUGGCCAAUGGCCAUACUUCCUGCUUUGAGAGCCAGAUGGUCGUGAGCAAGCCAGUGGUGAUAGUUGGGAUGAACAAUGAGUGAUUAACACAAUGGCAGGACUAGGGAGCACAUGACAUUCCCAGGUUUUGGGUGUUUUGACUUAACCCCCAGUUAAGACUUGAUAUUCUCACCAUAAGUUUUUGUGCGAGUUAAACAGUGUAGGAUAUUACAAGCUAUUGCAAAGCUAGCCCAACAGUAUAUUGAUAGCUAGGCAUUGCAGCCCUGUGCUAGCCCCUUGUUGCAAAGCACCACAGCGUAAACCACCAAUUAUGCAUUCAGAAUUUUAAAAAAUCAUGAAAAUAACAGCAAGUUGAUAAAGGGGUUGGAACUUUUUUGUCAUGCUUGUGCCCAUGCUGUUUCAGUCACAUAAUCUACUUAGCAAAGGUAGGCCUGUGUAGCGUCUUGUUCAUUAUUACUUUGAACACUGAGGAGGAAAGAAACGUAUCUAAAGUAGCUGAAUAAAGAUUUGUUAAACCAAAAAUACUUAAAGUUCUUCAGGAUAUAGAACCUGAUAAAGAGGUGAUUUUAUCAUAUUAGGUGAACCAAAUAAUAACAGUAUGCUAAAUGUAUUAUUUUUCUUGCCACUCCCCAAUCUGUCCUCAGGAAUCAGAGAAAAUCAUUGCUGAGCUCAAUGAGACCUGGGAGGAGAAGCUUCGGAAGACCGAGGCUAUACGAAUGGAGAGGUCAGUGGAGGGUCAAAGCCCCAGGAUGCCUUUUUGUUCGUCUGUCCUUUCAAAUGGGACACUUUCAGUGAAAGGCUGUGUCCCGAUUCUCCUCCCUUCUUCUGAAAUGUGCCUUUUCUGUCUGUCGCCUCUCUCACUUUACUAACCUCUCCGUCUCCCUUUGACCUUAACCAUCUGUCACACUCUCCUUUCAAUGUGCUUUCUUUCUUUCUUUCCUUUCUUUCUUUAUUUCUUUCCUUCUUUCUAAAAUAGAGAAGCAUGUUUAAGGGACAGGAAGCAAGACAGAAUAUAUAUAUUUUUUAAAUGCUCAUCCACUACAGUGCAUUCGGAAAGUAUUCCGCAAUAAAAACAUAAAUACUUUAUUUACAUAAGUAUUCAGACCCUUUGUUAUGAGACUCGAAAUUGAGCUCAGGUGCAUCCUGUUUCCAUUGAUCAUCCUUGAGAUGUUUCUACAACUUUACCUAUGGUAAAUUUAAAUUGAUUGGACAUGAUUUGGAAAGGCACAAACCUGUCUAUAUAAGGUCCCACAGUUGACAGUGCAUGUCAGAGCAAAAACCAAGCCAUGAGGUCGAAGGAAUUGUCCAUAGAGCUCUGAGACAGGAUCGUGUUGAGGCACAGAUCUGGGGAAGGGUACCAAAACAUUUCUGCAGCAUUGAAGGUCCCAAGAACACAGUGGCCUCCAAAAUUUUUAAAUGGAAGAAGUUUGGAACCACCAAGACUCUUCCUGGAGCUGGCCGCCCGGCCAAACUGAGCAAUCGGGGGAGAAGGGCCUUGGUCAGGGAGGUAACCAAGAACCCGAUGGUCACUCUGACAGAGCUCCAGAGUUCCUCUGUGGAGAUGGGAGAACCUUCCAGAAGGACAACCAUCUCUGCAGCGCUCCACCAAUCAGGCCUUUAUGGUAGAGUGGCCAGACGGAAGCUGCUCCUCAGUAAAAGGCACAUGACAGCCCGCUUGGAGUUUGCCAAAAGGCACCUAAAGGACUCUCAGACCAUGAGAAACAAGAUUCUCUGGUCUGAUUAAACCAAGAUUGAACUCUUUGGCCUGAAUGCCAAGCGUCAUGUCUGGAGGAAACCUGGCACCAUCCCUACGGUGAAGCAUGGUGGUGGCAGCAUCAUGCUGUGGGGAUGUUUUUCAGCGGCAGGGACUGGGAGACAAGUCAGGAUCGAGGGAAAGAUGAACAGAGCAAAGUACAGAGAUCCUUGAUGAAAACCUGCUCCAGAGCGCUCAGGACCUCAGAAUGGGGCGAAGGUUCACCUUCCAACAGGACAACAACCCUAAGCACACAGCCAAGACAAAGCAGGAGUGGCUUCGGGACAAGUCUCUGAAUGUCCUUGAGUGGCCCAGCCAAAGCCUGGACUUGAACCCGAUCGAACAUCUCUGGAGAGACCUGAAAAUAGCUGUGCAGUGACACUCCCCAUCCAACCUGACAGCGCUUGAGAGGAUCUGCAGAGAAGAAUGGGAGAAACUCCCCAAAUACAUCAUACCCAAGAAGACUCAAGGCUGUAAUUGCUGUCAAAGGUGCUUUAACAAAGUACUGAGUGAAGUGUCUGAAUACUUAUGUAAAUGUGAUAUUUCCGUUUUUUUUUAUAUAACCUGUUUUUGCUUUGUCAUUAUGGGGUAUUGUGUGUAGAUUGAUGAAAAAAAAAAAAAUUUCAUCUGUUUUAGAAUAAGGCUGUAACGUAAUAAAAUGUGGAAAAAGUCAAGGAGUCUGAAUAUUUUCCGACUGCACUGUAUGUCAGGAGGAGACAAUUGUUUGCCAGCCAAUUGUUUGGUUUGUAUUUCAUUGCGUGGGAACUUUAGCUGACAGAACGCUUUCGCAAAGCAUAUCAUGGUAAAGAUGAACACUAGCACCCAAACACUUAAUGACCUAUACUGUGGACAUACCCAAUACACAUUCCUAUAUUUCUGUAUGUAUUGUGUGAUCAUUAUGUAUCUUCCUGCAAGUGCCGCAUUCUGUCUGUAUUGUACAGAUGUUGACUGUUUCUAUCUCUUAAAGUAACACCAAUUUUAAAUUACUAGCAACAAUUUAUUGCAUGGUGAUAACGUUUCCGGUUCAGAUUCUACUGUAACGAAUGUAACCAGCCCCACCACCAAUGUAACAUGGACAUGUUUCUAACAUCACCCUCUACUCUCUCCUCUAGGGAAGCCCUGCUGGCUGAGAUGGGCGUGGCUAUCCGUGAGGAUGGCGGCACUCUCGGGGUCUUCUCUCCUAAAAAGGUAAACGGAUAUGUGCCAUACCGGGGCGUCACAAAAGCAGUAGGUUUUUUUUACCUGCUACACCAGCGUGAGCAGAGCGUGAGCCACUCUAUCUAGUGUUCUUGGUUUGAGACGAAUUCUUAAAAAUAGAACCAGAGUUCUAUUUCUAUGUUUCAUUGAAAUCAAUGGGGGCGUCUCGCGCUCUGCAAAAGUUUGUCUAGUGUAGCAGGCAGGGUCAAUUCCAGUUAUUUCAGGAAGUGUACUGAAAUUCCAAUUAUUUUCAAUGUUUUUCAAUUACAAAAAUGUUGAAUUUAGUUUACUUUCUGAAUUGACUGGAAUUGAAAUGGAAUUGACCCCAACCCAGCAGCAGACCUGUUAGACAUUUCAGGAUAGGGAUUCCCAUUUCCCAUUUUACACACUGGCGUGUCCGAAAUCGGUCUUGCCUACUACUUACUACAACUACAUACUGUGUACUAAUCGUAAUACAUACUAUUUAGAGCGUACUGUUUAGUAAAAAUGAAUGCAGUAAGCAACAAAUAAACAUACUAGGCUCACCCAUCCUGAGAAUGCGUAAUUUAAAGCGUAAUUGCGUUGAUUCCCGCUAUUUGUUCAUUUGGGUACAGCGCAUCCCCUUAUCUCAUUAUCAGCUGAUUAUCAGCUGUUGUCACACACGUGAGUGUGGAAAGACUGUUCUCUUCCUCAAAAGUAUGCAGCGAAUUCUACUAGAUGAAAGGCCGAAAAGAGUAUAACAUCCUGGCAUUUAAAGCAUACCUGAGUUUCGAAAUUUAACAUAGUAUUAAACUUUCAAUUUUCGCAUAUAUAAAUGGCCUACUAUUUAGAACGCAAGUAUGGGUGUUCGAACACGGCCACUGUCUCGUACUACACUACUGUUUUCCCAUGGUCUAAAUGUCCAUUUCCAUCCUCAGUGACCUCAUUGUUGCUUCUUUCCAUUUGUGUGUGUCAUUUCUUACCGGAGCAAUCCCUCAGCUCUCACUUGCUAUUCUAUCCAUUCCUUUAUUUUCAUUCUCUUUUUUCCAUUCCCUUCUUAUCUGCUUCCUCCAUAUGGUAAUGUUUAGAUGGGCCCUGAAAGGCCCAAGUCCUUGUUUGACGAGGACUUUGAUUGUUUUUCAACUAAACAGGUUUGUGAAAUCAAAUCUACAUAUUGAUUUCUACCACUCCCCCGCUAGAUAAUGCAAAUGAUAGCCCCAGACAGACCCCGUAGAGAGUGACCCAGGUUUAGCAUAUUGUAGAGCUUAGUAAUUAAUCAAAAUGACGCUUUUUCUGCUAAAUGGCAUAUUAUUAUUAUUAUUAUUAUUAUUACUGUGGCCUUGUAUCCUCCUCAGCAAGAUCACAGAUGUACUGCUAUUGUAUUGUAGCAUGAUUUAAUUGAAGAGAAGUAUUAUUUAUUGAGCUACACUGCAGGCAAUGUAUUUGUAUUAUAACCUUGAAAACCGCUUUCUAGAAUAGUGCUCUCUGUGGCCAUAGGAUUGCUAGUAGAGUUUACUGGCAGCUGUCAUACAGUAUCAGGGGUCUGUUUAGGAGGUUGUAGAACAUUCAGGUAGAAAUGUAUUGUAUAGAACAGUUAUGAUUCUGUCGUGAGUCAUGUAGAAUAGGGAAUGGUUGGCUCUUUUCAUUCCAUUUCUAUCUGCAAUGUUUCACAUCACAAAGAAAUGGCUUUACAGUGAUGCAGAAUGAUCAAGAAUGACCAGAAUUCCAUUAUGUGCCCAUUGACUGUGAUACAAUACACGGUCCCAUUUUAGAUCCCCAUAGAUGGUCUAUGCUGUAGGUGCUCAUACAGCCACAGCCUUAACAUGAGAAGGUCCAUUCAGUGUAGUAGCUCUUUGCAUGGGGAAGGCUCCUGUGCCUGACUGACAUUGUGAUCUAGCUUUUCAGAUUACUGCUGUUGUAGCUCGAUGUUGAAAUUACAGCCCUAUCCACAUCCUCUGUGAAGAGGACUAAAUUGUCGUCCAGGCCUCACUCAUUCCGUCAGAUUCCCAGACCGAUAGACGCUAUAGAGACAGACGGGGCUUAUUGAGUAGUGGGUGAAGAAUCUGUCUGUACACCUCUGCACUCCUCCCUCUCCCUUUCUACUUCCUACACCCAUCUCCCCCGCACAGGCAGGCAGCAAUCACAAGGCACGAAUGAAAAGAACAACAAGUGCUCUCGUCAGUGGAGUCACGAUCGAGAGGGAGAUUAGAUUAGUCAUCUCUGCCACGUCAGCUGUAUCGAACGUGACUGUCUGUCUAUUGAAGCAAAUGUAUUUGAUAUCCGAAAAUUAUUACUUUGAAGCUCCCCCUUCUCGUAGGACUUUAAACCCUCCUUCACUGCUAGGAGUUUUGUUUUCUUUUGCAUAUUCUUUCAUUUCACUCAUUCUUUUCCUCCUCCGUCCACUUUCUCUCAUUUUCACCUGCUGCCUCUCCAUUGGUUAGCUUUUCGUAGAGAGGCCUUGUGAGGCCUUGUAUGCUGACUUGCUUGCUAAUGGGGUAUUUUCCCCCAAGAAGGUUGGUGGCUCAGUGAUACUUACUGUAGCAUUGAUGUGUUUCUAGUGGUGUCUAUCAGACAAAGGUUCAAAUAGUAGUCGUUUUCUUUCAAAAGCAAGCUCAAUAACUACACUUGAUUGAGCUUGCCUGGCGCAAUGGAAGCAAUGGACUAGGCCCAAAAGUGCAAAUCCCUCCCAUCCGGCACUCCAGGCAAGGCACAAGCCAAACGCUUAAAAAUUAUUUGAAAGAAGAAGAAAAAAACUAUUUUGAGCCCAGGUCUGGUGUCUAUUGUGAAACUAGACUUUAGACCUCGUGAGGAUGUUAUUGACAUGACCUUUUUCAUUCCACUUUCAUGAAGGGGUAUUAGUUAAUUAAUUUGUCUCAAUCAUGCAGAUGUGAACUUCAUAGGUAUAUUAAAUGUGAUUUCCUGAAUUUUUCUGUUUUAUGUCUAUGCAUAUCAUUGACAUGUAUUUCACAUACGUAUUACUGGUGCAAGUACUGUAUGUGAACAGUGUCUUACUCUUGAACUCCACUCAAAUCUCCGUCUCACUAGACCCCUCACCUGGUCAACCUGAACGAGGACCCAUUGAUGUCAGAAUGUCUGCUGUAUUACAUCAAAGACGGAAUCACAAGGUAACUCAGCAGAACACAGUUGGGAGAAGUUGCCCCAUAGACACUGAUCUUGGGUCACUUUUGCAUUUUCCCCAUUAAUGUUUAAGGUAAGGAUUUGGGAUGGGAAGCUGAUCCUAGAUCUGUACAUAGGAGAAACUUCACCCCGGAGCCAGAGCUUCACAGUGGAAUGCUGUUUAGAAGCUACUGCAAAACAUUUUCAUCAAGGGUUUUUUAGUUCUCUGAAACAUCUCACUUUUCCUGUUUUUGUUCCUGUAUUCAGCCUGAAGGGCUUUUAAAGUUGGGGAAAGGUGGCAUGUCAUCUGCCUUUGAUCACCAGCGUAUUUUAUUGUCUCAAGUCAAGUCAAUUACCUCCUCUGGCUCUCCUUUCCCACACAGUAGUCUUCCUAUAAAGUAUUAAGUUACCUCAGUACCUGAGGUGACAAUAAUGAACAACAGGAGCCUAGAUGAAACGACACGAAGCACCUCAGAAGAGGUAAAACCCUGUUAUAAGCAACAACAAAAAAAGCUGUAGCCUUGGGUUGUCACUUGCUAGUUAAAAUGGCCACCCACUCUGGCACUCACUCACAAAAUGUCCUCCCUCACUUGUGCCUGCAGGGUGGGCCAGGCGGACACAGAGAGACGGCAGGACAUCGUUCUGAGCGGAGCCCACAUCAAAGAGGAGCACUGCAUCUUCCGCAGCGAGAGGAACACCAAUGGAGACGGUGAGAGAAACCAUGUGGGGCUUUGUCACUGUAAAUCAGUGAAGCGUUGUGCUGCCAAGUGUCUGCAUGGGCUAAACUGUGGAUGCAUGAGGAGGUUUCGAAAAUGUUGGUGGCCAGAGGACGGACAUUACACCUCAGUUUCAGUAAAUUGUUCUGGCAAAUUAUACUUGUGUAUGUUUACAAAUGGAUGUCUGCAAAAAUAAAUAAAUAAAUGACACCCUGGAUCACUGAAGCACCUUGUAAGGAAGAAGCCGCCAUUUCCUGACCAGGCCCAACUAAUGCCACUUUCAAUAUGCCACUCAAUAUACUGUACCUAUAAUCUGUACCUCAUUUGUCUGGUGUUGUAUCUGUAUUGAAUUUGGGCAGAGUAAGGCAUUCAUAUUAGAAGCAUUAUUCAUAUUUGUUGGUAUAGGGAUUAAUACUGUUCGCUGUAUUGAUGCGUUUUUUUGUCUUCAGUGGUUGUCCUGCUGGUGCCUUGUGAGGGAUCGGAGACCUAUGUCAACGGCAAGAGAGUUGGAGCUUCAGUGCAGCUUCGCUCAGGUGUGUAUUCCCCACCCCUGCAGAUGCAGUUGUAUUUCAUGAAGCAUUUUCAGGAAUGUUCUCUUUUCAUUCGCAAGUAAAGUGAAGGAUCUUCUCAUUGACAUCUUCUCAACUGAUAGAAAUAGACUGGAGAAGGUGUCAACGUUUAUUUGAAUUGCUAUUCAAUGACACAGGAAUUCCUGAAUCUCUUACAGCUUGACUUUUGAGCUCAAUGCCUGUUUUGUUUCGACCUUGCGCAUGCCCUCGUCACAGGAAACCGCAUCAUCAUGGGGAAGAACCACGUGUUUCGGUUCAACCAUCCGGAGCAGGCGAGGGCCGAGAAGGAGGAGAAGGAGAAGGAGACCCCAACAGCAGAGACCCCAGUAGAGCCGGUGGACUGGACCUUUGCCCAGAGAGAGCUGCUGGAGAAGCAGGGCAUCGACAUGAAGCAGGAGAUGGAGAAAAGGUAUGUACAGGACCGAAUACAGUCAUGUUGAUCUCAUGGACUGUCAAACCUGGCAUCCAUAGCUUAGUCUACGAAUUUGAGUGAGUACAUUUCCCUAGCUAGCCCCAUCCCUUAGAUUUGUACCAAACCACGUGGCAGAGCUGCCAUUGGGCUGAAACACAGACUCAGGAUUGUGGCUUUAAAGGGGGGACUUUGAGAGGUGGCUAGCUUAGACUAGUCCCACCAUGACCUUGUGGGAGUGUGUUUGAGGCCUAUACUUCAUUCAAUGGCUAUGCAUGUUUUUGAAUUACUUUUAAUUCUGUAUACAAUAGGAUUUAUUUUGUGUUUUAAUUCAUUCUAGAUUGACUGAGAUGGAGAUCUUGUACAAAAAGGAGAAAGAGGAGGCGGACCAACUUCUGGAACAGCAGAGACUGGUAAGCCUUGAAACUUUUAGCAACUUAACUUUUCUAUAGCCUCUGUAACCUGUAGCUUAAUUCCGUUUUUUUUUGGGGGGGGGGGGACACAAAAUACCUUAUAGUUUAGUUUUUGUGUUGAGCCAAAAUGUGCUGCAGGAUACAAAGUUAAAGCAUGGUUUUCCUAUAAUAACUUUGCGGAUAGUUCAUUUUGAUAGCUAGUUUUGUCCUGCUUGCUCUGUUGAAGUCUGACUAGCACUAAUUUCUCACUCUCAGUGCUGACACUUUUGAGACACUUCUAUUGUGUGUGUGUGUGAGAGAGAGAAGCGCUUACUUUUACUUAGCAUGUCUGUUCCUCUUGCAUGGGAGUGUGAAUCCACUAUCUGGUCUGAGAUAGGGAAGAGCAAGCCUUUGCCCCUUGACUACUGAUUUCGACCAACUUGCUGAAGCAAUUUGAUUCAGAGAGAAUUAUUUUGUAAAGCAUUUUUCCCCGUUCCAAAUCCUUAUUUUCACUCUUCUUGUGUCUUCUAGAUUUGAACUGAACCUUGCAAAACAUAAUUUUAAAAAAAUAAUGUAAUUGUUUUAUUAUUACCUCAAUUCAAAUGAAUUGAAUUAAUCAAGUACUGACUCAUCAUUGGCUCAACAAAAUUACAGUACACUUGCCAGUGAUCUAGCUUUGAUAACACUUUAUUGCUUUUGCAUGGUUCAUGUUUUGUAGCAUGUUUUCUUCACUUCCGUUCCCAGGCUAAGUUGCAGAGAUGUACAGUUAAGCUGGUCAACGAUGUGGCUACUGUGGAAUGUCUUGGUUUAGACUUCUAUUCUAGUGUUUUGCUGUUUUGUCUUGAGUUUCUAUGCUCUUCAAUGCAGUUGCUGAUAUGUACAAUGCAUUGUGAUAACCAAGAGUCCUGCUGUAGUACUUUUUGAAGGCUAGCGACAAUGUGGUUUCUCAUUGACUUCUUUUGUCACUUCCUUAUGCUGGCCUCACCUGUGCCUUUGUUAAAGCACACUGAGGACAUAACUCAACUGAAUUAUCAGUGCUCAGGUUUUAAUCAACGAAUCACUAAAAAUGCUUUAAUUCUCUGGUGGUUUGAUGAGCAUAACUACAAACGUAUGAUAUUCAGACUCCUACUGCAUACACACGUAUUUGUACACCUAUUUCCAACCAAUGUCUCUGAUCUAGUCGCAGAAACAGUCAUCAACUUCCUGUUCUCUCUGGUUGUGAUCUGUAAUGUACUUUGUCUACCAAAAUGAGAAACUGCAUUUUCUUCCAACUAACGUCUUCCGUGAAGUGGAUGCAUUAACACUUAACCUCACUUUUCUGCCUAUUCUCUCUACUGGCUUUCCAAUAAAACUGCAAGACUACUUUUGUCCUCUCACCCACUGCUAACACUAGAGCAACUCUAAAACCAACUCUAAAUCUUCUUUCUCGUGGACUUCGAAUGGGGAAAGGCUACCAAAAUUUGGCUGCCUUUUUUUGCAUGCCUUUGUAGCAUGUUUGGGAUCCCGCUUUCAAGUGCCCAAAUCGUCAAUUAUGAAGAGGAAAUAAUACACAACAAAUCAGAUCAACACCUGUCCCCCUUUUUCUGUUCAUAUUCUGUGUCUAAUCAUGAUAGUCAUGCUUUACGUUUACUUUUAAUAUCAAUAUGCAACAUUGGGAAUGAUAUUGGCCUACCUGAUCGUACAUUUACUAGGUAAAAGGUUUUAGAAAGAAAAUGUAAUAAAAUAUCUCCCCAUUUCAAAAUAUGAAAGCGCUCCACAGUGGUUACUCCUGAUGGUAACAUCUGCAAAAUAGUAUUCUUCCAAUACUAGAACAUGCAUAUGAUAGAGACAGGAAAGUUACAACCAAGAAAUAAGCUAAACAUUAUAUAAAUCCAUAUCAUUUUACACUAAAGAGCACAAUUUUAUAGGAAUCUUCUGAAUUCACUCACUAGCCUGAGGCCAGAACCAAUGCGCAAACCAAGGGCUUAGAACUAUAAAAAGAAAGUCAAUGGAAGCCACUGUCAGUAUUAGGUUUUUGUUUAAGCUGGUUUGUCCCAGAAUUUGAUGAAUGAUUUCUUCCUAGACUUAUUUUUCUGGGCAUGGAAAGUGCAUGUCCUCCUCAAUUUGUCAUACAUCUUGUAGAAUUAUGAUGUAUGCGAAAGUUUGAGGUUUUGUUUUUAUUCUGACCAAAAAGUACACUGAAAAUGGUUAGAAAAACAUAUGCAGAUGUAAAAAAUGAGUAAUUAUUUCAAUUUAAAUCCUACCCAAGAACAUCCCGUGGCAAUAGAAGUUCCCAUGUUGCAUAUUCAUACUUGUAUCAUUCCUUUUUUUAAAAGCCAUCCUUCCUCUUUUUGAUUUCCCAUUUUAAUUUCUCCAUUUUGUUGGGAACCUCUUUGGUUUGUUUCCUGUUUUUGUUUUUUCAAGGAUGGCGACUCUGAUAGUGGCGAUGACUCAGAUAAGAGGUCUUGUGAGGAAAGCUGGAGACUGAUCACCUCCCUGAGGGAAAAGCUGCCUCCUAGCAAGCUGCAGUCCAUAGUCAGAAAGUGUGGCUUGCCCAGCAGUGGGAAGCGUCGGGAGCCUGUGAAAAUGUACCAGGUUCCCCAGCACCGACGCAUCACCAAGGACGCCAAGUGGGUCACCGUCUCCGACCUGAAGAUCCAGGCAGUGAAGGAGAUCUGCUACGAGGUGGCCCUCAACGACUUCCGCCACACACGCCAGGAGAUCGAGGCCCUGGCCAUCGUCAAGAUGAAGGAGCUGUGCGCCGCCUACGGCAAGAAGGACCCCAAUGAGCGGGACUCGUGGCGGGCAGUGGCCAGGGACGUGUGGGACACGGUCGGGGUAGGCGACGAACGCAUCGAGGAUGUUCUCACAAACGGCGAUGGGGGAAGAGGGGGAGGGGGAGGGGGAGCAGGAGUGGUGGCCGACCCCAUGGAUGACCUCAAGGUGCACAUUGACAAGCUGGAGGACAUUCUGCAUGAGGUGAAGAAGCAGAACAACAUGAAGGAUGUGGAAAUCCGUGCCCUCAGGAACAAGAUGGUCAAGAUGGAGAAGGUCCUGCCACUCAUCACCCUAGAGGGUCAGACCUCCAGCCCGCCUACCACCAGCCCCCCUGCUAGCGCCCCCAGAACCCCUAGUCCUCGGGAGGGCCGACUCUUGGUGCAGGCCGAAGGGGAGGAGGGCGAACUGCAAACUGCCCAGACUGCGGGUGACGACUCCACCCUCCGCCGGGGCCACAUGCGCUGGAUGCGGCAGGAGCAGGUGCGCCUGAAGAGUCUCCAGCAGCAGGAGAUCACCAAGCAGCUCCGCCGGCAGAGCGGCCCCCACCGCUUCAUCCCGCCGGAGGACCGCAAACUCCGCUUCCCGUUCCGAAGCAACCCCACGCACCGCAACUCCUGGAGUCCUGGCACCCACAUCAUCAUCACUGACGAGCGGGUCAUCGAGCUGAAGGUGCCCAAAGAGGCCUUCGAAGAGGAGGGGGGAGGCCAGGGGCUAGCUGAGGAGGGGGGAGAGCCCGGAGAGAGAAUGGCGACCCCUGUUAUUCAAGCCACCUACCCAACACAGCCGAGCCCCUCCCCGCAUCCACGCAGAUGCAAAGACCUGGAGCAGGGCCCAAGCCAAGGCCAAAGCCAAAGCCAGGGCCAGAGACAAAGCCAUAGAAACCACCAUCAGCAGCCCCAUGAACGAAGCCGCAGCAACUCCUUCAACCACCACCGAAAUUCUGGUUCUAUGGACCGCCGAAACUAUGGUUCCAUGGACCGCCGAUCCUCCGGCUCCAUGGAGUCCCUGCAGUACUCUGAUAAGAGCAGGAAGCAGCAGCAGCAGGCCUUCUACCAACCCCGGCACCACUACCAAAACCAACAGGCCCAACCGCCCCAACCAUACCACCAACAGCCCUGCCACUACAACAGCAUGCCCUAUGGCGCUAACACCAACUUCACUAGUUACCAGAAAUAUCCCCAAACUGACCAAGCCAACCAUCAAAGCUAUUUUCAGGCACCACCUCGAAUGCGCAGGCAAAUGUCUGCCCCUAAUCUGAAGGAUCUGAAGGCUAGCCAAGAGACGGCAGUGUGA